AGGAAAUCAUUGCUUUCCAGACUGAUAAGUCCAUGGAAGUUCGCAAGUUUGUCAUCGGAUUCAUUGAGGAGGCCUGUAAACGAGACAACGAGCUGCUGCUGAAGCUGAUUGCCAAUCUGAACAUGUUGCUGAAAGAUGAAAGUGUGAACGUGGUGAAGAAAGUGAUUCUCACAAUGACUCACCUGUACAAGGUGGCGCUGCAGUGGAUGGUGAGGUUGAAGGUGAUUAGCGACAUACAAGAGGCUUGCUGGGAGAUGGUGACGACCAUGAAGGAUGAAAUCAUGUUGAUGCUGGACUCGGAAAACGACGGGAUCCGGACGCACGCCAUCAAGUUUGUGGAGAGCCUGAUCAUCACCCUGUCGUCGCGCACAUCCGAUUCAGAGGUGCCAAAGAGGCAGGAGAAUGACAUCAGCCUGGAGCGCAUACCCAAGGACCACUGCUACAUUCGACACAACUCACUGAGACAGGAGGGGACCACAGCCCUGGAUCAGCUCCUCAAGUUCAUGGUCCACCCGGCCAUCUCCAGCAUCAACCUGACCGUUGCGCUGGGCUCCUUGGCAACCAUCGCUAGGCAACGGCCCAUGUUCAUGUCGGAGGUCAUCCAGGCCUACGAGACCCUGCACGCAAACCUGCCCCCGACUCUGGCCAAGUCCCAGGUGAGCAGCGUGCGGAAGAACCUGAAGCUGCACCUGCUGAGCGUCCUGAAGCACGCGUCCUCCUUCGAGUUCCACGGGCAGAUCACCACGCUGCUCCUGGACCUGGGCACGCAGCAGCAGGAGAUCGCCCGCAACAUGCCCAACCUGAAGGACGUGCGCAGGCGGCAGCGGGACGAGGCUGAGCCAGGCCUCAAGAAGAUCAAGACAGAGCCUCCUCUAGUGGAGGAUGAUGAAGAUAAAGACCUGGAUCAGGCUGCAGCCCCGUUACCAAAGCCUUCCUCAGCCCAGGGCACCCAGUCUGCCAUCGAUAUCACAGCGGAGUUCCUGCUGCCUCUGCUCAACCCAGAGAACGUGGCCAACCUGGUGUUGAUCAGCAUGGUGUAUCUCCCUGACACGAUGCCCGCCUCUUUCCAAGCCACCUACACCCCAGUGGAGUCUGCCGGCACCGACUCGCAGAUCAAACAUCUUGGCCGUCUCAUGGCCACACAGAUGACUUCUGCUGGCAUCGGGCCAGGGGUGGAGCAGAUGAAGCUGGCUAAGGAAGCGCUGAAGGAGGAGGUGGAGCUGAAGCCUGAGAGCGUGCUGAUCAAGAGGCGUUUGUCAGCGCUGUCCAUGGGCCAGGCCAUCUCCGUGCUGGGGGCCUACUCCGGGAAGCCAGAGGAAGAGGAGGAGCCUCUCGCCAAGCGCCGCCCGGAGCCCAUCUUACCCACUGCCCAGACCAAGACAUCGGGAGUAGGUGGGCGCAAGAAAGUGUUUCGAUUGGCUGAUGUGAUCCAGCCCCUGUCGGAGACUCAGGUUGAGAAGCUGACAAGCAUGUCAGUCAAGCGCAUUCUCCAAUCGGAGAAGGCCAUCGCUCGCAGUGGGAUGUCCCAUGUGCGUGUGAAGAUCCUGUCCCGUCUGGUCACUCAGUUUGAGGGCAGCAUGAAGGCGGAGGUGCUGGACUUCGUGCUGGAGGACAUUCGGAACCGCAGCGACCUGGCCUUCGCCUUGCUUUACCAGGAGUACAACGCCUACCUGAGCAACUGCCCCUCCGGCUCACUGGACAGCUACGACGAGUGUCUCAUCGGACUGCUCUCCGGGCUGCAGGAGAAGCCCGACCAGAGGGAUGGGCUGUUUACCAAGCUGGUGCUGGAAGCUCCUCUGAUAACAGAGACGGCCCUCGAAGUGAUCCGCAGAUACUGCGAGGACGAGACGCGUGCGUAUCUGGGGAUGACCACACUGCGAGACCUGAUCUUCAAGCGCCCGUCCAGGCAGUUCCAGUACCUCCACGUGCUGUUGGACCUCAGCUCCCAUGAGAAGGACAAGGUGCGCACGCAUGCACUGACCUUCAUUAAGAGGAUGUACGAGAAGGACCAGCUGCGUGAUUACAUCGAGAAGUUUGCCCUGAACUACAUGCAGCUGCUCGUCCACCCCAACCCUCCGUCGAUGCUGUUCGGGGCCGACCAGGAUACAGAGGUGGCAGCCCCCUGGUCGGAGGACACGGUGAAGCAGUGUCUGUACCUGUACCUAACUCUCCUCCCCCUGAGCCACAAACUGAUCCAUGAGCUGGCGUCGGUCUACACGGAGGCCAUCGCGGACAUCAAGCGCACAGUGCUGCGGGUCAUUGAACAGCCUAUCCGCGGGAUGGGGAUGAGCUCUCCGGAGCUGCUCCUGCUGGUUGAGAACUGUCCGAAGGGGGCGGAGACCCUUGUGACCCGCUGCCUGCACAUCCUCACUGAUAAAGUCCCCCCGUCCCAGGAGCUGGUGAGGCGUGUGAGGGACCUGUACCAGAAGAGAGUCCCGGACGUGCGCUUCCUCAUCCCCGUGCUCAACGGGCUGGAGAAGAAAGAAGUGAUCCAGGCCUUGCCCAAACUAAUCAAGUUAAACCCAGUCGUGGUUAAGGAAGUUUUUAACAGACUACUUGGCACACAACACAGUGAAGGCAGCUCAACAGUGUCCCCUUUGACCCCAGGAGAGCUCCUGGUAUCCCUGCACAACAUCGACUCCACCAGGUGUGACAUGAAGAGUAUUAUAAAAGCCACAAACCUGUGUUUCGGGGAGAAGAACGUGUACACGUCAGAGGUGCUGGCUGUGGUGAUGCAGCACCUGAUGGAGCAGAGCCCGCUUCCCAUGCUGCUGAUGAGGACAGUCAUCCAGUCUCUCACCAUGUAUCCUCGGCUUAGCGGCUUCGUCAUGAACAUCCUGUCCCGCCUCAUCAUCAAGCAGGUGUGGAAGUACCCCAAGGUUUGGGAGGGCUUUAUAAAGUGCUGCCAGCGGACGAAGCCCCAGUCGUUCGCAGUGCUGCUGCAGCUCCCCCCUCCCCAGCUCAGCAGUGUUUUCGACAAGUGUCCGGAGCUGAGGGACCCCCUGCUGGUCCACGUCCACUCCUUCACCCCACACCAGCAAGCCCACAUUCCCAGGUCCAUCAUGACUGUCCUGGAGGCGAACCUGAAACCGGAUCAGGAAUCUCCAGAACCCAAGGAGCACGACGAGCCGGUGGGUGGAGAGGGGGCUCCCCGGGCCACGCUGCCGGACGUCAUAGCGGCUCGGCUGGAGCAGGAGAAGGAGCUGAAGAGGCAGCUGGAGGAGGAGCAUCAGCGAGUGAAGGGGCAUCCAGCAGAGCUGGGGGCCACAGAGCUGGGGGAGGCUAUGGAGCUGCGAGAGGAGGGGGCCGCCAAUGAGGACAGCGCCCUGAUUCUCAACUCCAGCCAGGAGGACGCUGCACUCGGCGUGAAGGACAACCAAAAAGCCAUAAGCAGUGAAACUGUGAAAGACAGUGACAAAUUAGUCCUUGACCAAGUUGAACCCAUGGAUGAGCCCCUUGCAGACUCUAGUCCCACAACCUCCCAGUCACAGGAAGCCAUGGAGCAGGGUGAAGGAGGGGGCUUGACAGAGGACCUCCUAGCGCCUCACAAGGAAAUGGAGGUCAAUGUCGUGGAGUAGAGAUGAAGCCUGGAAGCUCAGACUGAGCAGCUAAGGGGAUCAAUGUUGUAAUAAUUUCCGGUGCCUUCAGUGGACAGAGGCAAAACCUGUAGGUUUUCUUUGAAAAGAUUUAAUAAAAACAAAAGCUGAUCUAGACUUGCAAAGGAGAGGCGAUGGACACCCCCCUGUAUAUGUGAAAUAAUUUUCUAAAGAAUGUUUCUGAGCACUUUUUAUUCUAUGAAAGAUCAAGGAGAUUAAGAAAGGAUGUUGCUCCUGCAUCUCUUAUCACAGUUAAAUUGUAACUAGUUAAGCUUUGUGUGUGUGUGUGGCUGCCAGAAUAUUGAUGGCUAACAGUUUCUCACCAUUUCAGCAGCGGCAUGUGUUUAUUUUGGUGCUCAUUAAAAUAUAUGAUUUC